CAGGGGGAGCUGCAUAGCAGACUCUGGGGCAGUAUAAAUAUGUAUUUUGUUUAACUAUGAAUCAACAAAACUCUAUUGGACCCCAGAAUAAAAACACACGACUUAAAAUAAACACAAUGCCGCUUUUACACAGUCUUGACAGUGUUUUGAACGCAGUGGGCGUUGUGUUUUUGAACGCACCCUCGUUUCAUUUUCAAGAGACACAGCCGGGCUUUCUGGUGACGUUUAUGUGGGGAAGUCCAGUGUCGCGGUGCUGCGUUGACCUGAAAACAAGACACACUCCAGUUACACCUUUCUACUGCACACGGCUCAUGACACUUCCAUAGAAACCACAGGCUUCGUGAACAACAAUGGAGAGACCUCCCUUCAGGCAGAACCAGAACUUGGGGGACUGGGAACUGAAAGAGAGGCUGGGCAUGGGAGGCUUUGCCCAUGUUUACCUCUAUCAGCAUAUGCAAACACACGAAAAACUGGCUAUAAAAAUGUGUCGCCUGGAGCUUACACCAAGGAAUAGGGACAGAUGGGGCAGAGAGAUCCAGAUCAUGAAAAAGUUAAAUCAUAUCAAUAUCGUGACAGCCCAGGAGGUCCCAGAGGAGGUGGAGCCCAUAGCCUUAAAUGAUCUUCCACUGCUGGCCAUGGAGUACUGCUCCAGAGGAGACCUGAGGAAGGUGCUGAGCAAACCUGAAAACUGCUGCGGUCUGAAAGAAAGUGAAGUGCUUUCAUUACUUAAUGAUGUUGGAUCCGGUAUCCAGUAUCUCCAUGAAAACAAGAUCAUACACAGAGAUCUUAAACCGGAAAACAUUGUGCUACAAGACAUCAACGGGAAGUUGGUUCACAAGAUUAUCGACUUGGGCUAUGCUAAAGACCUGGACCAGGGGAGUCUGUGCACUUCAUUCGUUGGCACACUUCAGUACCUGGCUCCUGAGCUCUUUGAGAAUAAACCGUACACUGUGACUGUGGACUAUUGGAGCUUCGGAACAAUGAUCUUCGAGUGCAGUUGCGGUUUCCGUCCAUUCCUACACAACCUGCAACCUGUGCAGUGGGCCAGCAAAGUGAGGAAUAAAGGUCCAAAAGACAUCAUGGCAGUAGAAGAACUAAACGGAGAAGUCAAGUUCUCCACACAUCUCCCCUACCCCAACAAUCUCAGCAGGACGCUGUUGGAGCCGAUGGAGGCGCUGCUUCAGCUGAUGUUAAAGUGGGAUCCAGUGCACAGAGGAGGCCAAGUGAACCAUGAAACCAAGAAACCCCUGUGCUUUGAACUCCUUGAUCAGAUACUGAUUAUGAAGGUCGUCCACAUCCUGAACAUGACCACAGCGCAGGUCCACUCCUUCCAGCUAACUCCUGACGAGAGUCUCCACAGUCUGCAGAAGCGCAUCGAAGCUGAGACCAAGAUCGAGGUGGUGAACCAGGAACUGCUGCAGGAGACGGGAGUGUCACUGGACCCCAGGAAGCCCGCUGCACAGUGUGUCCUGGAUGGAGUGAGAGGGUGGGACAGCUACAUUGUCUACCUGUUUGAUAAGAGCAUCACCAAGUACACCGGCCCCUUCAGUGCCAGACGUCUGCCUGAGAAAGUCAACACCAUUGUGCAAGAUGCCAAGACGCAGCUGCCUUUGGUGGUGAUGAAGAAGGUGUGGGGUGAAGCUGUGAGCUACAUCUGUGGCCUGAAAGAUGACUACAGCAGACUUUUCCAGGGGCAGAGAGCUGCCAUGUUGAGCCUCCUCCGCUACAACACCAACCUGACCAGGUGUAAAAACAGCAUGUUCGGCUUCUCGCAGCAGCUCAAAGCUAAGCUGGAUUUCUUCAAGAGUAGCAUCCAAUAUGACUUGGAAAAAUACAGCGAUCAGAUGCAUUAUGGCAUAUCCUCAGAAAAGAUGCUGAAAGCCUGGCAGGAGAACGAAGAAAGAGCUGCAGCUUUUGCUCAGGUGGCAGAGGUGAGCCAUUUGGAUGAUGAGAUCAUGGCUCUGCACUCUGAGAUAGUAGAACUACAGAGGAGCCCAUAUGCCCGACGCCAAGGAGACAAGAUGGAGCAGCUGGAAGAAAAGGCAAUCGAACUUUACAAGCAACUGAAGAUGAAAUGCAAAGUACCUGACUCUGAUGUGAGCUGCGACAGCUCUGAGAUGGUGAAGGCCAUCAUCCAGACAGUCCAGAACCAAGACAAAGUCCUCAAAGAUCUGUUCACACACCUCAGUAAAAUCCUGAUCAGCAAACAGAAGAUCAUUGACUUGUUUCCCCGGAUUGACAAAACUCUGGAGAACAUCAAGGACGCUGACAACACCGUGAUGCAGAUGCAGAUCAAGAGACAGAGGGAGUUCUGGCACUUACUUAAGAUCGCCUGCGCUCAGAACUCGUCACGGAGCUCGAUAGCAGCCAGUCCCGAGUCGUCCAACCUGCUGCAGGUUUCUCAGUGGUCCCAGUCGGCACAGCCCGUCAGCUCCCCGCACCCCCUGACCUCCCUACCAGGGCCAAAUGACAGUGAUGCUGCCCCACGACUCCUGCAGGAGAACCAGAAGUACCUCAGUCAGCUGACCAGCCUGAUGCAGGAAGCUGCUGACGAACAGGCCAACAGCAUAGUGGACCAAGACUGGAGCUGGACGAAAUACGAAACUUUAACAACAAAACUAAAAAAGCAAAAUUCGUAAAGUCCACCUUCCACCCCCCGCCUGAGUAACACUAAGGACUGUGAGCUGAUAACGCGGCUGAGCGGCGUCUAACAGUACAGUAGUACAGUUUGUACAUGGACUCGGGAUUUUCUCGUGAAAACGACUUUCCUGCUCAUCUUUAAAGAAAAAAAAAAAAAGCUGAGUUCACGCAUGCUCAGCGGCGUCCGUCUCCUCCCAUCGUCUCACAUGGUGGAAGGUUUGAUUAUUGAGCUUGUUUUUUAUGACAAAACAAUGAAGCUGUCUCUCUCUCUCUUCUUUUCUUUAUGCUGCACAAUAUUCAUCACACUUUGCUCCAUUUUUGCAGUGAUAGUAAAAACCAAACUAUAGCACCACAUUUGAGGGCUUGACGUGGAUCAGUCAGGUGGGAGAGCGUUCGACAGGAACGUGGGAACUCGUUUGACCCCGUGGCAUGAACGGGAAACGCAGGAAGGUGUCGGGGGUCGCUGGAAGGCGGGUGUGGGGAGGAAAUAAGAAUCAAGCAAAGAGCACUUUGAUACUCCCAUGUGUCCUCUCUGUGAAGAGGUGAAACGUUCCCAGCUGCCAAAAAUGUUGCAGAAUUUAAAGCGAGCAGAAACUGUCAGCGUCGGUUUGAUUGAUUUACUAGAAACGUUUGAGGGCGCGUGUUGAAUUCUCUGUAUGUACGUUUUUAAAAAACAAGUGUUACAGGCAGAAAUCCCAUGGCUGGCCAUUAUGUUAAUACGAUGUGUAUAUUGUAUGUGUGUCUUUUUAACCGUCAUGGAUGUAAGGCGGGGUUUUCUCGUCUCGUUCGGGUGCAAAUAAUGUACGCUAAAUUCAUAGUUGUGCAGAGCUGAAACGAUCAGUCCGUAGUUUCCACAGAAAUCUGAGUAAUCCUGUAAUCAAUUCUGCAUCAAGACGAGCAGGUGGUGGGGCUCGUGUUCAGACUGUGCCGUAAAACCACUGCAGAAGAAGAGGACGGGGUUAGGAGACCAGAGGGCUGCAGGGCGGAGGCAGAUUUAAUGGGACGGUGAAGGAUGGCGAGGCUUGCUUUGUGCUGCACGCAUGAGCUGCUCCAGAGGAAGUUCUUUUCAGAUUUUCAGAUUAAAAUGUAAAUCUAAAAGUGCACGUUUCCAAAGAGCAAUUUAUAUCGACGAGGUCACCGUUGCAGAAAAUAAAUUGCAUAUUCAUGAUGAUUAAGAAUAAAUAGCACGAUUUACACUUGGCCGACCUCCCACUUUAAGAUGAUCUGGGCCGUCUUCAGCACAGCGGCCGUGUUUGCAUCUCUGAGUGAAAUUGCCGUUAUUCCUCCAAAUCAGUGAACACGUUUAAUUUUCUGCAAAAGCCUCGUGAUGCCCGUCUGUCUGGGAGUUUAGGUUUUCUCGAGUCCAGUGAAAGCUCGGUUAACAAAAACAUGAAAAAUCUUUUUCACUGCAGAUCUGAUAUCUUUGUCUCCCUGUCAAGGCUGAAAACAAAUAUUUUGUGCACAUCAUGAUUUAUUGGGUAAUUCUGCUCAUCUUAUUAUGGAUUUGAAAGAUCUGAAAGUCUAAAACCUUGUUGGUGUAUUUUUGACAGAUUAAAGUCAAAUUAUUUAUUCAAAAGAAAAUAAAUCAAGUGUUUCUGAUCUCUCUGAGAUGAUAAUUUAUCUUUUUCUUUAUCAAAUACGGCCAAAAAGAAAACCAUCUCAAAUGUCAGUGCCGUUUUUGAACAGUUUUAUAUUCAGACUUUUUAUUAAGAGAGAUUUUUAAGGAUUCUCAAUGAGUGAUAGUCAGUGAUAACAAAUGUGCCAUCCACCAGAGUCUGUCAUUCAAAAAAUGAGGAAAUGUAAAACAAAUGAGUAAUCUUACCCUCUUAUCCGGCUCAGGCUUGCAGGGGUGAGUGUGGAAAUCAUUUCCUCUAUUUUUAAAUAAUUGCAUGUGUAAAGCUCAAGCCUUCACUGAGUCACAUCGCACACCUCAACACGUUUAUCAGGUAAAGAAAACAGGAUCCAGGUUCAAUUUUAUUUCAUUAGCCGUCGGCUCAGUGGGAUAGUCUGAUGCUCUGCGUCCCACCAGUUGGACCCACUCCACAGUUUGAGAACCAAAAGGUAAAACUGGUGUAAACAGAACCAGAGCUGCUCUUACUUUCAUUCGUUCCUGUAGGAGGUCACGACUGAAGUUACUGACAGUGAGAAAGUUACAUUUGGAGCCUUUCAGUGAUAACAAAUAAUGUCAUCUGCCAGAGUCUGUCAUUCAGGAAAUAAAAACAAAUCGGAUGCAUUUAGUUUGUUUGGAUUGUCUGCGAGUCUCAGCUCGAGUUUUCCCCUCAUAACAAUCAAUCUGUCAAAAAUUAGGGGUUUUUGUCCUUAUUUUUUAAAAGUCCAGAAUUGAUUCAUCCAUGAGUAAAGCAGUGAUUAUUAUAAUGUUACACGGUAUAUUGAUGGUGCUGAAGAAACGCUUCCUGUUUCUCCGCUUUCUCAGAUCUGAGUAACAGGAAGCCGAGAACGUCUCGGGCUAAUUUGCUUGAAAAACAAAUAAAGACUAGCCGGCUAAUCGUUUCAGCUCUCACCACAAACACGAGUCGUUUCUCUCUGACAUCCCAUAAUGACAGGAAUGCAACAACGUUGGUGCAACGCGGUCGGGCUUCCUCUAAUCGGAGCGAUCGAACCCGUGAGCGAUGGGUUGAAUGUGCUGUACGUCGUGUUUCUUUGGGCCAGAGAGAGAAAUGAACUUUCUUGUAUUUAUGAAGUUAAAGUGCAAUGGCUAAAAUAAUAUUUUCUUUUUGUUUUGUAUUUAAAUAACUCCGUUUGUUUCUUUCCAUUUGAGUUUUGUUUCCGUCUGCUGGUUUAAGUAUGUUCACUUUUUAGAAAUGUAAUUGUAUGAAGAUCAAAUGUUUACCUGGAAAUAAAAUAAAUCACUUUGGCACGA